AGCAGCAAUUACCGUCCCGAGCAAUCCCUAUUUUUUUGAUUUGAUUUUGUCUGUCCGAGCUCCUGAUUACUACCUACCGACCGAGCACAGCUGCAUUUUCUCCAUCCUGACAAUGCAGUCCCGUUUUAGCCUGCAUUUGCGUCAAGGGUCCUGCUUACCUGCUUGCCUGCUUACGUACCAGCCUGGUUCAUGAUUUUCGAUUCUCGAUUCUCGUCGUCCACCUCUUCCUGCCUGCCUGAAAAAAGGUGAAGACGACAACAAGGAUCCCUGCCACCUGGGCUCCCGUAUUCAACCGCCAAGCAUUCAAUCUACGUGUACACUAGGCUCGCAUGCCGACACGUCAUGCCCACGGCCAACCAUUCUCAACCGAGUGACCCUUGCUCGCGACAUCCACACAAGACAUGCCAUCCCAUGCCCAAUACCCGUCCACAGUGGUCCGACGGCCCAGUGGCGCCAGUCAGUCAGCGCCGAGCGGGCUACUGCGCGUCAAGACGCAGGCGUCUCGCGGCCACACGAGUCACCUGGGGCGAUUCCAAAAAUACCACCCCGCUAGAACUUGCACUACCAUAGUACUAUGUAGGAGGCCAAACUAACUCCAGUGGGGCAGAAGCCCUCCAACACGUCAAUGACAAGGCGAGGCCAUGCCAGACGAGGGCACUCCCAGCUCUCACCACGCUGCCGGGACCUGGACCAGGGCAGUCGGGAGCCGGGACUCCAACCCCAGGGCUCGAGCCGAGGUGGAAGCCGAACAAGCCCAGCCAGGUGGGAGCCGGAAGGGAACUGGUCUGGAUGUGGUCUUGUACAGAUGUACUCGGUACAGAUUACAACACAGCUCGCCAUCCACGCCAGCCCCCUCGCGACUCGUCGCGACUAACACGGCGUGUGGAUAUCUCAGCACAUUUCACACAAGGCACGCUCGUCCUCCCAGCCCCACGGUCACGGCCUUGGCCUCGGACUCGGCGUAGCCCCUGCUCAUCUGUUUUCGCAGUCUGAUUUCCUUUGAGGCUGAGCGGAGCACGGUCGGUGCCAGAGUAUGGAUGGGCGUCUGCAAUGACCCUGGCUUGCUUGCCCCUGGGUUUGAUCCGCCACCAUCACGACGGAUUAUCCCAGUGGAUCAGCCACACCAAGCAAACCAAGCACACCAAGCUCACCAAGCACUGCAAGCACACCAACAAGCAUGGCCGUCACCAUCACCGCCAUCACCGCCAUCACCACUAGCCCAGCGUGCCCGGGCGGACUGCUAUAGGGCUGCGAGUAUAGGCCACGCCGGCAGCGCCCUCACAACAGACGUCGUCGUGGUUGCCACCCCCGGGCGCCUAGUCCUUGUAUCCCAUCAUUCCCCAGCGACUGGGGUGUGUGCCGGCCUACCCGCUUGGGUCUACCAUAUGCACCUCGCGCGUGGGUCCUGCUGACCUCUUCUGCCUCGAUGCCUCUUACUAACUCCCCCUGCGCCUGGGUUACGAGGUGUUCUUGCCCAGGCUGCCAGGCAGGUCCUGCAAGUGGUGUAGCGUGUGCCACCAUCAUGGGCCGAGCUCCACAUCCUGCCCAUCGGGCUCCCAUAUGGUGGGUGCGCUUGCCCUCUUCCGUACCGAGCUGGCCUGGCCUAGUGUUGCUGUUUUUGGGGUGUCUGACGCUCCCGUCUCCUCGUCACCGGCUCCCCGGGCUGCUGGCACAUGUGGUCUGGACAAUACCUAUGUGCUGUGUGCACGCUACGCGACCUCACCUCGCCUCACCUCACCACACCAACCCUGUGCCUGCCUCACACGCCGCCGCCCCAGCCCAGCCCCAGCCCAGCCCAGCCGUCCGUCUCCUAACCAUCUGCGUACGGAGCACUGCAAUGUAAUUGCAGUACAGCACCCAGUCCCUGUCGCUGUCGCUAGCUGGUCCCGGGUCCUAUCCGCCCCACAUCCUCCUGCUGCCACAAUUUCUCUUUGUUUGUCCCGUCGUUUCGUAUUGGGUGCCUUGGACGAACAUGCUUAGGCGCCUGCUCUUGGGCCCCCCCUCCCCCUUCCCAUCUUCGGAUCACAAGCGGCGGGCCACCUCUUCAGCCGCCCCCAGCUAGGUCAUCCUGACACCGGCCGACGCAUCCAGCGCGCAUGCAAGACCAGCAGCGUGCGUCUUUUGACUUCUGUUCAGGCCAGGCAGCCUCUCUGGGUCCAUGCUCGGCUAGCUGCCACGAGGCCUUUGCCUGCAUUGCUAUGUGCUGACCUCGCUGCUGCCAAGGGCCGGGUGGGGCCAGGGGACCAUGCCCCAUCUACUUUCUUAUAACACCCUCCGCCUCGCGGAUGGAACCCUGCCUUUUGUUUUUGUUAUAAUCCUCAUCACUCGCUACCUCUCCCAGACCGCUCAUCAGUCUUGGGACAACUGCCUUGCACUCGCUUGGGCACACUCUCUUUAUCAACCCAACCCACCUUCGUUCUUCACUCGUUGUCGACGUCGUUAUUGUAUCUCCCCCACCCCCCAAAUAUACAACAUUAAUAAUAUUGUGAAUCUGGGCCUCGCUCCAGCCACUUGCCCCCCGACUCCGAGCCAAGCCAGCCUUGCAAGAUGAAGCUUUUUUCCAAGGCUUCCGCCUUGGUGGCACUACACGCAAGUGUGGUGUCCGCUGCAAACUCGGUCGCCAAUACCAUCCUGGUCUUCGCCAGAGAUUCUGCCUCGGCCAAUGUUGCCACCCUGGGGCUGCAAGCCUACGGCAUCCCAUACCAGGCCGUUCUUGUGCCUCAGUCUGGUGUCGCCCUGCCUGUUCUCAACUCCUCGGCCACCCAGGGUAACUAUGGUGGUAUCCUCGUCCUGAGCGAGGUCUCGUACCAGUACUCUACCGGCUUCCUGAGUGCCCUGAGCACUGCUCAAUGGCAGACCCUGUACGACUACCAGACUGCCUUCGGGGUCCGCAUGGUCCGCCUGGACGUUUAUCCCACCCCUGACAUGGGUGUCACCACUUACAUUGCCGGUGCUGGCUGCUGUGAUGCUGGUGUCGAGCAGCUCGUCAGUUUCAAUGACACUUCUGCUUUCCCAACCGCAAAUGUAAAGACCGGGGCGACUGUCAGCACGGCUGGCCUCUGGCACUACCCUGCACAGAUCACCAACAGCAGCAUCGCCACCGCCUUUGCCAAGUUCGCUCCUGGGGGCUCCUUCACUGCCGACUCGACCGCAGCCGUCAUCAACAAAAUUGGCGGUCGCCAGCAGAUGGUCUUCUUCAUGAGCUGGGCUACUGACUGGUCCCUGACCUCCAACUACCUGCAGCACUCGUACAUCAACUGGAUGACCCGCGGCCUCUUCGUGGGCAAGCGCAAGGUCUACCUGAGCACCCAGGUCGACGACAUGCACCUCUCGACGGGCCUGUACUACCCCGCCAACACCGAGUUCCGCAUCCGCACCCGGGAUCUUGACGCGCACAACACCUGGCAGCAGAAUAUCAACACGCGUUUGGCGCCCGGCUCCAACUACUUUGUUGAGAUCGGACACAACGGCAACGGUGACAUCGACAACGCUACCAGCCAGUCCAGCGGCGGCAGUCUCUGUACGCCUGCUUACGCUGUUGACUAUGACUCCCCGCCUGACACGGCACUUGAGUUCCAGAAGCCGCUGGGCUCCGGUACCGAUCUGUGGCCUGCCGAGUUCAAGAACUACACCUGGAGCCUGCCUUGUGCCCAGCUGGACCCCAUCGCCUCGUGGUUCCGAGCGAACCCUAACGUCUUCGCCGCAGUAUCGCACACCUUCUCUCACGAGGAGCUCAAUAACGCCACCUACCACGAUGCGAACCGCGAGAUCUACUUCAACAUCGCGUGGAUGGCGCAGAUCGGCAUCUCGGCUGGCAACAAGUUCUCACCAAAGGGUCUCAUCCCUCCGGCCAUCACUGGUCUGCACAACGGCGACGCCAUCAAGGCAUGGAUGGACAACGGCAUCAGGUUUGUCGUUGGUGACAACACCCGUCCCGUGCUGCGAAACCCGAACCCCUUCUAUGCCCUGACAACGACCGUCGCCGGCAACGGCUAUGCUGGUCUUACCGUCAUCCCCCGCUGGGCCACAACUAUCUACUAUAACUGCGACACGCAGGCCUGCACCACCAAUGAAUGGAUCGCCACGUCUGGUGGCAAGGGCACCUUUACUGACCUUCUCAACGACGCGAGGACUGUCAACACGCGCUACCUUCUCGGUCUGCACCCGGACCCGUACAUGUUCCACCAGGCCAACAUGCGCUGGGGAGAUACCGACCAGAUCACCGUCGGUAACCAAUCUGGCAGGCUUUCCCUGAUGCAGAUCUGGGUCGAGACCAUCACCCAGGAGUUGUUGCGCCUGACAAACUGGCCCGUCAGCUCCCUGACACAUGAUAACAUUGGCCAGCUCUUCCUGGACAGGGCCACCCUUGACGCUUGCAACCCCAAUCUGAAAUACAAUUACUCUGACGAUGGUAAAUCUAUCGUCUCGGUCACAGUCACCACCAACGGCAAUGCCUGCGCCGUCAAGGUACCUGUUACUGUUCCAGGCACAGCAAGCGGAAGUGGUACUCUUGACAAGGUCGGGAAUGAGCCUGCUAUUUACUGGACACAAAUGUCCAACUCUCCGGUGACAUACACUCUGAAUACUCCGGUUGCCAUCUGAUAUGGCUGCACUCUGCGCACUGCAGACCAGAAGGAGACAAUGGGGGGGAAAAGUGUCUGAAUUUAAGCGGAAUUUUAUGAAGCGCGGUUUACUGGAUUCUCGUCUCUCAUUCAAGAUAUUUUACUUUACCAAUUUAUAAGGGUCUUACAACGGUGGUAGGAGUACAAAAUUGGAAAGCUACUUGGGUGAUAUACCAGUGGCUGCAUAGGGUAUGGGAUAUUUGCCGGACGACACAAGUGUUCGACAAAGGCUAGGGCGGUAUCAUGGGGUAUGGCGUCUUAAUAGUGGCUAAUAUUAAUGGUAUCAUUCAUUACUCAUA